CGGGAGAAUUAAAAAAAAAAGUAAGAGCGAGGCGGCGCAUAUAUGCUCUCCGCUUACCUUCUGCGUAAAUACUGCACUUGCCAAUUUCCUCGCAUAUAAGGGUGGACUUCAAUGGAUGAGGGUUUCCAUCCAUAGCCACUGGCGGCUGCGUUUGGCGAUCUCCAGAGCGCCGCCUCCUCCGCCUCUUGCCCUAUCGCCGACACUUGUCAGUCAUCUACCACCGCGCCGCUGUGCGUCUUGUUCUCGUCACUUCGGCUCCGUUCGUGGUGCCUUCGGUAGGGUUUACCAUCACUCUCUGGCGUCGGCCCCCAUGGGAUCGCAGCAACAGGAAUUGACGCAGGUGGAGUGGCCUGCGAGCAGAGUCCGUGAUACUUUCAUCAGUUUCUUCGAAGACAAAGGCCAUGUCAACUGGAAAUCAAGCCCCGUCGUUCCUGUUAAUGACCCUACCCUUCUCUUCGCCAACGCUGGUAUGAAUCAGUUCAAGCCUAUCUUCUUAGGGACUGUUGAUCCAAACAAUCCCCUGGGUAAACUGACUCGGGCAUGCAACACUCAGAAGUGUAUCAGAGCUGGUGGGAAACACAACGAUCUUGAUGACGUUGGGAAAGACACAUAUCAUCACACAUUCUUUGAGAUGCUUGGUAAUUGGUCUUUUGGGGAUUAUUUUAAAAGAGAAGCAAUCGAAUGGGCUUGGGAGCUUCUCACCAAGGUGUAUAACUUACCUGCUGAUCGUAUUUAUGCCACUUAUUUUGGCGGCGAUGAGAAAUCCGGGCUUGCUCCUGAUAAUGAAGCAAGGGAGAUAUGGCUGAAGUUCUUGCCACCUGGGCAUGUCCUACCUUUUGAUUGUAAAGAUAACUUUUGGGAGAUGGGUGAUACUGGUCCUUGUGGACCCUGCACUGAGAUACAUUUUGAUAGAAUUGGGAAUCGUGAUGCUGCAUCGUUGGUUAACAAUGAUGAUCCUACAUGUAUUGAGAUAUGGAACCUUGUCUUUAUUCAGUUCAACAGGGAAGGUGAUGGCUCACUGAAACCUCUUCCUGCCAAGCAUGUUGACACUGGCAUGGGCUUUGAGCGAUUAACUUCUAUUCUCCAGAAUAAGAUGAGCAAUUAUGAUACUGAUGUGUUCUUACCCAUCUUUGAUGCAAUACAAGAAGCAACUGGGGCGCCAGCAUAUUCUGGAAAAGUUGGACCUGAUGAUGCAGAUAAAGUUGACAUGGCAUAUAGGGUUGUUGCCGACCACAUAAGAACUCUUUCAUUUGCCAUUGCAGAUGGUUCUUGUCCAGGCAACGAGGGGCGGGAAUAUGUUCUAAGGCGUAUUCUACGUCGCGCUGUACGUUAUGGAACAGAAGUCCUAAAAGCUCAACCUGGAUUCUUCAGUGGGCUUGUAAAGGUGGUGGCUCAAGUGAUGGGCGAUGUGUUUCCAGAGCUUAAACAACAUGAGGUGCAUAUUAGGGAUACAAUUGCUGCCGAGGAAGCAAGUUUUGGGAAGACAUUGCUUAAUGGAAUUGAGAAGUUCAAGCGGGCUGCUCAAGAUGUUCAGGGAAAGAUUUUAAGCGGGCAGGAUGCUUUUGUCUUGUGGGACACAUAUGGCUUUCCCUUGGAUCUGACUCAGUUGAUGGCAGAAGAAAGAGGUUUGGUGGUUGAUAUUGAAGGCUUUAAUAAUGCUAUGGAUGAAGCCAGGGAGCGAUCAAGAAAUGCUCAGAAUAAGCAAGAUGGUGGUACUAUUCUAAUGGAUGCAGAUGCUACAUCAGCUUUGCAUAAAAGAGGGGUUGUUGUAACAAAUGACAGCUUCAAGUUUACCUGGUUCCAGGACCAUGAAAGCGUGAUAAAAGCUAUUUAUACAGGAAGGGAAUUCUUGGAAAGGGCUGUGGGUCAUGAUGAAGUUGGUGUUAUUCUGGAAAGUACAAGUUUCUAUGCAGAGCAAGGUGGGCAGAUAUUUGAUACUGGAUCACUUGAGGGCCCUUUUGGAUCAUUUCAAGUUUGUAAUGUACAAACAUAUGGAGGAUUUGUAGUUCACAUUGGAUCAUUUACUGGGAAAACAGGCAAGUUUUUGGUAGGCGAUAAAGUGAUAUGUAAGGUUGACUAUGACAGACGCAAGCUGAUUGCUCCUAAUCAUACCUGUACACACAUGUUGAAUUUUGCACUAAGGGAAGUUCUUGGCAAUCACGUUGAUCAAAAAGGAUCCAUUGUUCUUCCUGAGAAAUUAAGAUUUGACUUUUCACAUGGCAAGCCUGUGAAACCUGAUGAUUUAAGAAAAAUUGAAUCCAUUGUGAAUGAGCAAAUCAAAGCUGAACUGGAUGUGUUUGCAAAGGAGGCAAAUCUGGCUGAUGCCAAGAGCAUAAAUGGUUUGCGAGCAGUAUUUGGAGAAGUCUAUCCUGACCCAGUUAGGGUUGUGUCAAUUGGAAGAAAAGUGGAGGAUCUCUUGUCUGACCCAGAAAAUAAUGAUUGGCUAUCUGUUUCUGCUGAACUCUGUGGAGGGACUCAUAUUUCAAACACACGGGAAGCUAAGGCGUUUGCUCUCUUGUCUGAGGAGGGAAUUGCUAAAGGGAUCCGUAGAGUAACUGCUGUUACAACAGAUCUUGCUUUUAAAUCCCUGGAACUGGCUUCCUCGCUGCAUCAGGAAGUAAAGGAGGCAUCAAAAAUAGAAGGAAGCUUGCUGGAACAGAAAGUAACUUCUUUGAAUGGUCGUGUGGAAUCUGCUGCUAUCCCAGCAGCCAUGAAAGCUGAUCUGAAAGCCAAAAUAUCUGUCCUUCAGAAUCAAGUUAUAAAAGCAAAAAAGAAGAUUGCCGAAGAGAACAUACAGAAAGCUGUCAAGCAUGCAAUUGAGACAGCAGAACGUGCUGCUUCUGAUGGAAGGGCUUUCUGUAUAUCACAUAUUAACGUUGGUUCAGACACUGCUGCAAUCCGUGAAGCAGUUGUCAAAGUCAUGGAACAAAAGGGGAUAGCAGUCAUGGUUUUCAGCAUUGAUGAAACCGCAAACAAGGCUUUGGUUUGUGCUGGGGUACCGGAGAAGGGAGAUAAAAGUAAGCAACUAAAGGUGUUGGAGUGGCUGGUUGCUGCUCUAAAGCCCCUUAAAGGAAAGGGUGGUGGAGGCAAGGGUGGUCUUGCGCAGGGCCAGGGGACUGAUAUAUCACAACUAGAGGAUGCGAUGGAGGUGGCAACAUCAUUUGCAGCAAUGAAAUUGAGCUGAAAACACUAUAAUAGCUUGAUGAUGCAGUGUGCACAGGCAGAAGCAUGGUGAUCAUGAUUCACUGCCAACUUUCUGAUUUUUUAUACUAAUUUAAAUGAAACAACACAAACACAUGAUGCUAUAGAAAAGCACACUGUUUCUUCUGUAGUGACCACAAACACAUUCUUGUCUUUGAAGUGAAAAGGAAUAUUUAAGUUGAAUGGUAAAGUGUGUCUUUGCAUUCUUUUC